AUGUUCAAGCUGGUGGUGUUGUCUGCCCUUCUGGCCGUCGCCUGUGCCAAGCCCAGCGGCGUCGCUUUGGCUUACACCGCCCCUGCCGUGGUUGCUGCCCCUGCUGCAGUCAGUCAUACCUUCAGGAGUGACGUCGUCAGUAAGCCUCUCGUAGCUGCCUACUCUGCACCAAUCCUGGCACACACAGCAUAUGCUGCUCCUCUUGUGACUGCCCAUGCUGCCCCUGUGAUCGCUGCCCCACUAACCUACGCUGCUGGUGCACCCAUCAUCCAUGCAUUUUAA